AUGAGGGACACUGCUGGGCAGGAGCGCUACAGGACAAUCACCACAGCCUACUACAGGGGUGCCAUGGGCUUCAUCCUCAUGUAUGACAUUACCAAUGAGGAAUCCUUCAACGCUGUGCAAGACUGGUCGACCCAGAUCAAGACAUACUCGUGGGACAACGCUCAGGUCCUGUUGGUGGGGAACAAGUGUGAUAUGGAAGAUGAGCGAGUGGUGGCUGCAGAGAGGGGCCGGCAGCUGUCAGAACAGCUGGGUUUUGAGUACUUUGAAGCAAGCGCUAAAGACAACAUUAACGUGAAGCAGACAUUCGAGCGGCUCGUGGACAUCAUCUGUGAGAGGAUGGCAGAGAGUCUGGAUAACAACGACCCCACCAUCACCGGAGCUAAACAGGGGCCACAGCUCAGCGAGCAGCCUCAGAGGUCCCAUCAGGAUUGUGCUUGUUGAACACAGCUACACACACGUCUGCUGUCAUGAGAUCCACACACCUUGUUGGGUUUUAUUUUUGAGUUUUGCUUUCUUUUUGUUUGUUUUCAUACCACACACAGAAACUGCCAUACAUAGAGACAGACGCAAGAUGGCUCUUCAGUUCUCCACCCCUCUCACUACACCACAACUACUGUCCACAUCAGCCAGUUCCCCCCAAAGAUGUGGUGUUCUUAAAGUUUUUGUUGUCAGUAGUACAGAAAUUAUGAGAUUAUGCAUAUUUGGUCAGAGGGGUAAAGAACAUUUAACAUGGUUACCAUCGUAAAAAGUCUUCAAUAGCUGCACACGCACUAUAACAGAACUGCAAAAGGCCAGUCAGGCUAAGACUACAUCAUUCCUUAUUUUUAAUGUGUCUGUGAUUGGGUUGAACUCUAAAAGGUUGUGAAGGAGCAGUAUUCUCCUCCAGCCUCCACUCCCAUUCAGCACCAAUGCCUCAGACCUAAAUAGAUACCAAUCAUUUGGCAAUUCCUCGACAUUUAUUUCCACUGAAAAUAUGUUUGUUGCUGUGUUGGUUGAUGGUUUUUUUUGUUUUUGAAUUGGUCAGGUGUGGUUUUGAGCAUGUGAAAUCAUCUUGUCAUAGUUGUGUUUUAGUUUGGUGUCCUUACAGGGUUGUUUGAGAGCUCGUUUCUCUCUUUAAUUUAGGGAAUUAGUGGAAAAAUAGCAAGUUGUGCAUAUCACUCAACCAAUCAAGACAUCUAUGCUCAUGGAGUCUAAAAAUGCACUGAUCCUGUUGUUUAGGGAGAUUUUAUACUAAAUCAGAUCAGAAUCAGAAAGACUUUAUUUAUCCCCAAUGUAGUUCAUAACAAAACAAAAGUCAACAGAAAAGGUAUGACUCAUUUACUUUGAUAACAUUUUGCAUCCAAGAUUAACAGGACGCUUAAUCUGGUUGAAAUUCGUACAUCACUUAAGAGAACCUGUGCAUUCCACCUUAAAGGAUGCAGGUAUAGGCAUUUCUGAAUUUGAUCAUAUGGUCAGGUAUAGCUGACUAAUGUAGAAGAUGCGCAUGCCACCAUAGGAACCGUGGUUGUACAACUUUAAAAAAGAAGCCCAUGACUUAAGCUAGUGUGCACAUGUGUCAACUUCUUACUGUUCUGUAAUAACUCUCGGCUGGCUUGUACUCAGCACCAUGACAGAGAAUCAGGAGCCUAUUGUUCUCCUACCAAGUCUUUACCACUUCACCAUUACAACACUGGAAACACCUGGGUGCAAACUUUUCAUAGGCGUACAGUGUGUCAGUUUUAGUUUUGUUAUGAAAUAUGUUAACUUUGAAAAUAAGUGGUAGUAAUAGAAGUGCAUUUCUUUAUUCUAUGAGUGUAGAUAUAUAAUUACUUUGAGGCCUGUCUCAGAAAUUUUAAACAAAUGUUUAUUAGCAGACUCGGAGAGUAUGUUAAUGCGGCGUU